GCAUUUGAGCAACACAAUUGCUUCUGCGAAGGGGAAAAUGGCUCCAAAGAAGAAACAACAACAGCAGAAACAAAAGCAGCAGCAGCAAAAGAAUAAUUCUUCUUCAUCAGCAGGAGGCCCAAAGCUGCAGUUAUCGGCAGAGAAUGAGCAGAGGCUGCGCCGCUUGUUGCUCAACAAUAGCAGCGACGCUGCCACUGUCCGCCCGACGUUCGAAGAAUCACAGUCGUCUUCUCUCUCCAAAGCACAGAAAACCAAGAAGCUCAAAUCAAUUUACGAAAAUCUCUCUGGCAAAGGAUUCUCUGAUGAUCAGAUUGAACGUGCUCUCUCUUCGCUUAAGGAUGGUGCAACUUUUGAAGUUGCGUUGGACUGGUUAUGCUUAAAUUUAUCCCGGACUGAACUACCUGUUAAGUUCCGUGACGGAUUAUCUAUGCAUUCAGGAGGCUCGAUUGGUGUGGUGUCUACUGCACAAGAGAAUUGGAAUCCCCCAGCUGAUACAACAACAAGGUCUGACGAUGAAGUGCAUAAAUUUUCUGUCAUAACUAGAGGUCGUUGCGAUGAUAACUCCUUAGCUUUACAUGAGCCAUCUCAAGCUGAUUGGAUUCGUCAAUACAUGGAAAAAGAGGAAGAGAUAGAAACCGAAAAUUGGGAAGAUAUGCUGUCAGAUGAAGAUUCUUGCAAAAAGGAACCUAGGUCAUAUGAUACAAUUAUUGAGGAGUACCAAUCUGCACGUUUGGAAGCUUUUGUUGCUAAGGAGAAAAAGGACAAAAAAAGCCAAGAAGCAGCUAGCAAUAAAAUCCGCCUGCUGAAGCAGGAGAUUUUUGAUUUAGGGGAAUUGAAUAUGUUCAUGUCUGAUAUUGCUAAAAUGGAGGCACCUUGUUCUGUAUACAACAAGGAGGGCAAUUCUAAUAUAGAAGCAAUGGCUGAUUCAUUAUUUGAUAAAGUGGGGAUGGAGAAUUGCUCCAGGGAUGAGGCAACAGUACAAAACAUUCCUUUCAAUGAGGUGGAACCUCUACAAGAGGAAUCUGAAGAUAUUGAGCUUUGCAACAUUUUCAUGGAAGGUGACUCAAGUAAUGCGGCCUUAACUGCUGAAGUCGUGAUGAAACAAAACAAAGCAAGAACAAGAGGUUUACCAACUAGUAAAGACUUGGAAAAAUUGGAGGGCAUCUGGAAAAAGGGUGAUCCACCUAGGAUUCCUAAAGCUGUUCUUCAUCAAUUGUGCCAAAGGUCAGGUUGGGACCCUCCAAAAUUUGACAAAUUGGGUAAAAAAGGAAGUGGUUUUAAUUACAGUGUUAGUGUUUUGCGUAAAUCUACUGGGAGGGGUAAGAGCCGUAAAGCUGGUGGUUUGAUCACACUGCAGCUCCCUGGACAGGAUGAAACUUUUGAAUCUGCUGAGGAAGCGCAGAAUAGAGUAGCUGCUUUUUCCCUUUGCCGCUUGUUUCCUGAUAUACCUGUUCGGUUUCUGAUUACAGAGCCAUAUGCUUCGCUGGUUGUAAAAUGGCAGGAAGGGGAUUUGUCAGACGUGAUUGAAGACUCUAUGGAAGAUCGAAGGGCUGCUUUUGUGGAAUCAUUGUUAAAUGCGGAUUCUUCAGUAGGGAUUAGUUCAGCCGAUGUUGGUGAUAAUUCCAGUCAGAACAAGGUUUCUGAUAUGUUUGAUGAACAAUCUGCUGCUGCAAGUCUUCAGAGCAAUAACCCUUUGAAAGAAAAGGAAAGUUUCUUCUUAAGAGAAGAACUAGAAAACAAACAGAAGUCACCAAGAUACAAGAGCAUGUUGGAAGCCAGAACAGCACUUCCUAUAGCUAAAACAAAAGAUGAGAUAUUGCGAUCGUUGAAGCAAAAUAAUGUCGUCGUUGUUUGUGGGGAAACAGGAUCUGGGAAGACUACUCAGGUUCCACAAUAUAUACUGGAUGACAUGAUUGUGGCUGGUCGUGGUGGGCAUUGCAACAUUGUAUGUACACAGCCACGAAGAAUAGCAGCUAUUUCUGUUGCUGAAAGGGUGGCCGAUGAGAGAUGUGAACCUGCACCUGGUGUAAAUGGAUCAUUAGUUGGUUACCAAGUUCGGCUGGAUAGUGCAAGGAAUGAUCAAACCAAACUCCUUUUCUGUACAACUGGUAUUCUUUUACGGCAAAUUGCGGGGAACAAGAGCUUUCAUGGUGUUACUCAUGUUAUUGUUGAUGAGGUGCAUGAGCGCUCAUUAUUGGGUGAUUUCCUAAUUAUUGUCUUGAAAAACUUUUUGGAAAAGCAAGCUGCAUGUGGCGCACCCAAACAUUUAAAAGUUAUACUCAUGUCUGCAACAGUUGAUUCAAGUUUGUUUUCAAGAUAUUUUGGUGACUGCCCAGUGAUUACUGCUGAAGGUCGAACUUAUCCUGUGUCAACUUUUUUUCUCGAAGAUGUAUAUGAAAAAACUGACUACCAUCUUCCGUCGGAUUCCCCAGCCUGUUUAGGUUUUAAGACAUCUGGCCAUGAGAUUGUUGGAGGUUCUAUUGACAACCGUAGAGGGAAGAAAAGUCUUGUCUUAUCAUCGAUGGGCGACGAAACUCUUCUAUCAGAAGAAUGCAUGAACCCACACUAUAACCCCAGUGCAUAUCAAUCAUACAGUGAUCAAACAAGAGUGAAUCUGAAAAAAUUGAAUGAAGAUGUAAUUGAUUAUGAUCUUCUUGAAGAUUUGGUGUGUCAUAUUGAUGAAAAUUGUGGUGAAGGCGCAAUUCUUGUUUUCUUGCCUGGUAUUUCAGAAAUUUACAGGUUACAUGAUAAGCUCGCUGCUUCUUACCGCUUUGGUGGAGAAUCAUCUGAAUGGCUUUUGCCUUUGCAUUCAUCUAUUGCUGCAGCAGACCAAAAAAAGGUGUUUCGGAAGCCUCCCAAUAACAUGCGUAAGAUUAUAAUGGCAACCAAUAUUGCAGAGACAAGCUUGACAAUAGAUGACGUGGUGUAUGUGGUUGAUUCUGGUAAACACAAGGAGUACCGUUAUGACCCACGAAAGAAACUCUCAAUGAUGGUUGAAGAUUGGAUAUCCCAAGCAAAUGCAAAACAACGACGAGGAAGAGCUGGACGAGUAAAACCUGGUACUUGCUUUUGCUUGUAUACGCGCCAUAGAUUUGAAAAAAUGAUGCGAUCCUUCCAGGUUCCUGAGAUGCUUAGGAUGCCACUGGUAGAAUUGUGUCUGCAGAUUAAGCUGCUUUCUCUUAGUGACAUAAAACUCUUUUUGUCUAAGGCUAUUGAAAUGCCGAAGGAUGAAGCUAUAGAUUCAGCAGUCUCAUCAUUAAAAGAGGUUGGUGCUGUCGAUGAAAAUGAAGAGCUAACUCCCCUUGGGCAUCAUUUGGCCAAACUGCCAGUUGAUUUACUGCUUGGCAAGAUGAUGUUAUAUGGUGCAAUAUUCGGAUGUUUAUCGCCUAUCCUGUCAAUUGCUGCAUUUUUGAGUCACAAAUCACCAUUUGUUCACCUGAAAGAUGAGAGAGAAUUUGUUGAACGAUCAAAACUAGCAAUUUUGUCUGAUAAGACUGAUGGAUCUAGCAGUUCAUACAAUAAUGCGAGUCAAUCUGAUCACAUCAUAAUGAUGAUUGCCUAUGAGAAAUGGGAGAAGAUUCUCCGAGACAAAGGGGUUAAGGCUGCUCAAAAUUAUUGCAAAAGACACUCUCUCAGCAGCUCAGUUAUGCACACGAUACGUGAUAUGCGAGUGCAACUUGGAACACUAUUGGCAGAUAUUGGUCUCAUCCAUCUCCCUGACGAUUAUCAGGGUAGGAGAAAAGGAAAUCUGGAUGGCUGGUUUUCUAAUGCAUCACAACCAUUUAACAAGCAUGCUAAUCAUUGUGCAGUGGUGAAGGCAAUAUUAUGUGCAGGUCUCUAUCCCAAUGUGGCUGCAACUGUGGAUGGUAUUCAUGCUCCAGCUCUUGGGAAUCUGAGGCAAUCGCUUAAAUCUAUAUCUAAGGGCAGCCCUGCUUGGUAUGAUGGAAAAAGAGAAGUUCAUAUACACCCUUCUUCUGUCAAUGGUGAUUCAAAGAUCUUCCAACAUCCUUUCCUUGUAUUCCUUGAAAAGGUUGAAACCCACAAGGUUUUUCUACGAGACACUACAAUCAUCUCUCCGUAUUCACUUCUACUUUUUGGUGGUUCCAUACAAGUUCAGCAUCAGUUGGGGCUUGUAACGGUAGAUGGUUGGUUAAAGGUAGCUGCACCAGCACAAACCGCUGUGCUAUUCAAGGAACUCCGAUCAACUCUACAGUCAGUUCUUGAUGGAUUGAUCCGUAAUCCACAGAGAGCAACAGUGGAGAAUGAAGUUGUGCAAUCUAUAGUUCACUUUUUGGUGGAGGAAACCAAACCUCAGGCUUAACAUAUAAUCAGCAAUACAGACAGAGGCUACUAGGUGAACGUUUCAGAGGUUAUUUACCUUGAGGCUUGCGCAACUCAAGGUUGGUAAGAGGGUGCUUGGUUACGUAUGAGGAGACGUUAGAAUAACCUCGUAGCUAUGAAAAUUUAGUUUACUUCCGAACUUAUUUAUUUUCCUUCUAAUUAGUUUUUUAAAAAUGUUUGGGGGGGGGGGG